AUGGGCUGCCACAACGUUUCGGAGCUCCGGGACCUGGGCUGUUCCAGCCAGCUGCUUCUGCAGCCGCUCUGGGACACCAUGAGGAGCAGGGAGGCGUUCGCUCGCUCACCCCUUUUCCCCGUCAUCUUCUCGAUGGUCACCUACGUGGGCUUCUGCCUGCCGUUCGUGGUGCUGGACCUGCUGUGCCCCUGGGUGCCCAUCCUGCGACGCUACAAGAUCCACCCCGACUUCUCGCCGUCGGCGAGGCAGCUGCUGCCCUGCCUGGGGCUGACCCUCUCCCAGCACCUGGUGGUGGUGUUCCCGGUGACGCUGCUGCACUGGGCGCGCAGCCCCGCGCUCCUGCCGCGGGAGGCCCCCGAGCUCUUCCAGCUGCUGAGCCACGUCCUCAUCUGCUUGCUGCUCUUCGACGCCGAGGUCUUCGCGUGGCACCGGCUGCAGCAUAAGGUGCCCUGGCUGUAUCGCACCUUUCACAAGGUGCAUCACCAGAACGCGUCCUCCUUCGCGCUGGCCACGCAGUACAUGAGCGUCUGGGAGCUGCUUUCCCUGACCUUCUUCGACGUGCUGAACGUCGUGGUGCUUCAGUGUCACCCACUCACCGUCCUCGUCUUUCACGUGGUCAACAUCUGGCUGUCGGUGGAGGAUCACUCAGGCUACGACUUUCCGUGGUCCACGCACAGACUCGUGCCCUUUGGCUGGUACGGGGGCGUGGCUCACCACGACCUGCACCACUCUCAGUUUAACUGCAACUUUGCUCCUUACUUCACACACUGGGACAAAAUGCUGGGGACCCUGCGGUCCGCGCCCCUGCCAGCGCGCUCCUGUGCCUGUGGUGGGCGCUACCUGGACUCCGGAGAGCUGUGCCCUUCACACUUGAACCAGGAGAAGAAACAGACUUGAGUUGUUUUUUUCAGAAGUUAGUAAGUUUUUAAACAUUGAACACUACUAUAAAAUCGAGUGUGUUUCUGCAAUAUGACAAAAAUAAUUUAUAUAAUGUUUGUAUAUCAAUUUAAUUGUAGUCUUGGUGUCAAAUUUCAACUCACUCCAGUGUCAUUGACUUCUGGACACAGGUUAGACAUUCAGCAUGGUGUACUUGAAUCGUUAUGAUAUCUAGAAAAAAUUGUUUAUAGAACCAAGACUUUCCUACGUAUGAAUUUGCACUGGAACUGGGCUAAACACACAUGUUGAUGAAAGACCUGAUUUCUGACUCUUUAAAUAAGCAAACCUGUUCCUGCUGGGCAGUGACCAAGGUUAUAGUAUAUUUUUU